UUUUUUUUUUUUUUCUUUCCCCUUUCUUCGACAUCAUCCUUUUUUUCUUUUCUUCUUCAUUCUCACUUUCUUAUAAUAUAUACCAAUGAAUUCUGAAUUUGACGAUGUUCUAACCAAUCAACCUGUGGUUAUAGAUAAUGGAUCUGGUGUUAUCAAGGCAGGUUUCGCUGGUGAAGAACAACCAAAAUGUUUUUUCCCAUCUAUGGUUGGACGACCAAAACAUGUUCGUAUUAUGGCUGGUGCUGUAGAAGGAGAGACAUUUAUUGGUCGAAAAGCUCAAGAAUUACGAGGUUUACUUACCAUUCAAUAUCCUUUACAACAUGGUAUUGUUGAUAACUGGGCUGAUAUGGAACGUAUUUGGCAAUACCUUUAUACCGAUGAAUUGAAAACUCUCUCUGAAGAACAUCCAGUUCUUUUGACUGAAGCUCCUUUGAAUCCUAGAUCAAAUCGAGAAAUGGCUGCACAAAUCUUUUUUGAAACAUUCAAUGUACCUGCCUUAUUUACAUCUAUUCAAGCCGUUCUUAGUUUAUACUCUUCUGGUAGAACCACUGGGAUUGUAUUGGAUUCUGGUGAUGGUGUGACUCACUCUGUACCUGUUUAUGAUGGAUUUGCUGUUCCACACGCUAUCCGUCGUAUAGAUCUAGCUGGAAGAGACAUCACUGAAUAUCUACAAUUAUUGUUACGCAAGUCUGGUUAUAAUUUCCAUACUUCAGCUGAAAAGGAAGUUGUUCGUAUUAUCAAGGAAAAAACAUGUUAUGUUGCAUUGAAUCCAACCAAGGAAGAAAAGGAAACAAGUGGCAAGGUGGAUGACUUUAUGCUUCCAGAUGGUAAUAUUAUCAAACUUGGCGCUGAACGAUUCCGUGCUCCUGAAAUCCUGUUCCAACCUGAUCUUAUUGGUCAAGAACUUCCUAGUGUCCAUCAAACCAUUGUGGAUUGUAUUAGUCGUGCUGAUUUGGAUUUGCGGAAAUCUCUUUAUUCCAACAUUGUUCUUUCUGGAGGAUCUACUCUUUGUAAAGGAUUUGGUGAUCGACUUUUAUCUGAAGUAAAACGAUUAGCAGCAAAGAAAGAUCUCAAAAUCAAGAUUUAUGCUCCUCCUGAACGAAAAUACAGCACUUGGAUUGGUGGAUCUAUUCUCGCUUCACUUAGUACUUUCAAAAAGAUGUGGGUGUCUGCUGAAGAAUAUCAAGAAGAUCCUGACAUUAUUCAUAAGAAGAUGUUCUAGUUUAGAUAUAUUCCCCCUUUUUAUAUACAUAUAUAUAUAUUAUUUUAUACUUUUUUAGUUAUCUUUUUUUUUUU